CACGAGUCACGUGUUUCAAAAGAGCUGGGCGAAUCUUUGAAUCGUGAGUUCUUUGUUAGAGCCCACCAACAGCACACAUGCGAGUCAUCCCCACCCUGUACCCCUCCUCUGUUCUCCGACCAUCAUACGCAUAUCACAGUAUCCAUCACUAUAGAGGAGCUCCACGUCCAGUCAUUUCAUCCCAGCAUCGCCAAGCGCACCAUGCUCUUGUCGUCGUUCGCGGGCGCGGAGGCGAAAGAUCGGUGCAUAACGUGCUUGUCCAGACACUCUGAGCGAACUUGCUGGUCGUCUUCACCAUGAACUGGCUCGCUCAAUUCGACCCAUAUGCGGGAUCUAUCCCUCCAUCGCAGGGUGCAAGUAGCUCGUCUCGUCAGCCUCCCUAUAUACAUGGGAAAAACAACAAACGAGCUCAUCGUGCCAACUCACCGAGCCGCACCCCUUCUGCGACCACAUCGACUGCUUCUCACAGCGGCAGAGAGGGUUCCUGUGGCCCUACACAAUCACAUUUCGCUAGUACCACUCCUGUCGAGGCGCAUUGGACGCCAGCUUCACAUACAUCUCCCACUAAUGCUCCUUUGGGUCGACCGGCAAAUGCGCGGAGUUCACCGAAUGCUCAUUUUGGAGCGAGUGCUGCCAGCCGCAGCGCGACGCAAGGAUCGAAGCAUCAUCGUAUGAAAUAUAGGCCUCCUCCUUUUCCGAGUCGAGCUCCUGCGCCAAGUCGGUCUACUCCUUCGAUUAGACCCAAGCCGACCGACUCUGGGUCUUUUGGCGCGAGGCCCAAUGCCAUCCACCAUUUGGGAUCGCAAAUGAAUGGUCCCGGCUGCUCUUCGAAUCCGGCGCGACCCCAAAUCCACAUGAAGUGGCCUGCCAGCCAUGGAGGCUACAAUCAGACUUCGAAAGCCGUCAGGGCGACAAUCCACGAAGCGGCCGGCCCUGUGCAGCAAAACCUGGACGCCUCGAGAACACGCGAGUCAGCAAAUGAUGGCGAGAUCCCGGGACGUCCCAACACCAUUCCGCAUGCUUCUUCAAGACCACCACCACCUCCUCCCAAGCCAAGAGUGCCCAUUCUUGCGCCACGUGCGCCAGCGAAGAGAGCUGAAGACUACGUGCCGGGAGAAUCAAAGACCUUCAUUCCGUUACGGAGCGAGAAUAGUCCAAUGGCUCCGGCGAUCAGACUCGAUACUGGGCGCACUAUUGCAGGUUCUACUCAGCAAAGUAUGUGGAAGGCCUUUCAGAGAUCCGGUGGCGCAAAGGAAUUCGCACCAUCACCGCCACACCCCUCCAACUUAGCGCAACCACCAAUCAUUGCUGCGGCUGCGUCGAGCAGAGCCAAGAAGCACGAUGGGAGGGCACCGCCGUUACUCCCUGAUGCACCGUUAGGUAGGGGUAGCUUAAAUGAUCCUCUCGAUGCCUCUCGCGAUGCUUCUGUAUCCUCUUCAAUGAGAGCUCCUCGCGUGGACAGCACAUCACUUCCGCAAGUCCACUCCACGUCUCUAGGUCCAGAUUCAACACUGGCCGAACGGACUGACUCGACAGCCAGCCGAGGUGUAGGUCCACAUUCACCAGCUUUGUCCGACUCGGCAGAAGACAAAAUGUCUCCACACGGCUCUGAGAUUUCGGCCAUGGAGCUAGUCAGCUCGGAGGCCUACGAAGAUUCCGAAAACAGUAUCGCAAAGACCAGCAAUGCUGCGCGCCUGUCGCGAACACCUUCCGAUGAUUGUCUAGAGCAGCAGUCGGCAGAAGACGAAAUGUCUGCACACGGCUCUGAGAAUUCGCAGAUGGAGAUUAUUGGCUCGAAAGCCUCCGAAGACUCUGAAAAUAGGAUUGCUAAGACCCGCAAUGCUGCGCGCCUGUCGCGAACACCUUCUGAUGAUCCUCCAGAGCAGCAGUCGGCACAAGACGAAAUGUCUACACACGGCUCUGAGGAUUCGGAGAUGGAGACAGUUGACUCGAAAGCCUCCGAAGACUCUGAAAUAAGGUUUGCAACGACCAGCAAUGGUGCGCGCCUGUCGCGAACACCUCCCGAUGUUCAUUUAGAGCAGCAGUCUCUUGGUCAAGAGGUUGAAGCUCAAGCCGGCAGACGCUUUGAGCAGAAAGCCGCCGCUACGGCCAAGGGUCCAUUGGUUGGAGGGUCUCCAUUGCCAGGGGCUAGAGGGUCGCCCCAAAAAGUCGCUGCAGCUCGACGUGCGGGGGAUCUACGCGCUACGAUCGAGCCAGUGUCGCCUGACGUCCAUGCACGACAAGAAGACGCCCACGACCUAAGGCACGAAGAUAUCUCACAUCCUCGUAAAAGACUUUGCCGAUCUUCAUCGCGUGAGCCCCCGCCGCUCUUGCCGGAGGAGUCCAUGGCGGUGGAGCAAGAGGGAGACAUUGAUGUAUCAACAUCUCGCGAGUACCUACCACCGCCGCAGAGCUUGCCUGCUGUGGCCGGAGGUUGUGACGAACUGGCUGUUGAGCGCAUGUCAGCUGCGAUGUGCGGAGACGACGGUGCUGCUCUCAAUCACAAUGCAGCGUCGGUCGAAGCGACCUCCAGUGAUGAUGAACCGCUGGCUACCGGCUUGGCCAGAAACCAUGGACGCACACCCUCGCCGAGCGCGAUGCGACUGAGCUCGACAUCAUCGUGCCGGCUUCCAACGCGUCAAAUGUUCAUGAUUCCCCUCGAUUCUCAUGAAAUCGCGCGGACACCGAUGCAGGCUGCGCACGCCUUGAGGAGCCGACACGCGUACAAUACCCUCGCGUUCGUCAGUCGCCUGGGCAGCAUCGUCAUGUCAACUCCGCAACACGCGCUUGGGCCGCUUUCCAACUUGAAUGGCGGGACUUCGACAUCGUCGCCAUCGCGUAGAAAAGUCUCUGACGUCAAGCGGUUAGCUCCGAGCAUCAUGGGCUUUACAAGCUCUGACGCGACCGGUCUCGGUCCGCUGCCGGGGCAGGUAGGCCUUUCGUACGCGAUGCCUAACGGCGAGGGUCGCCCGCGAGCCCACUCUGAAUGGCUGAAACCAACUCCACACAUGGCUGGAGCUACAAGUUUGGCGCCGAUCAGGAUAUAUGGCUCAACUGAGGUAUCCUUUGCGACUGGGGGCUCGGAUGGGACUGUCCACCGCUGGCGCUGGCACGGGCUCAGCACGAGCACAGCAGAUGUCGAGCGGAUGCACAGAAUGCACGAUGGGCCCGUUGUUUCCUUGACGAAUCUGCCAAGACACCACCUUAUGGUGUCGCAAGGCGGUGCCCACUCCGACCAGCUAAUCGGUUAUCGCUAUGAUCAUCCCGCGGUUGCAUUCAAGUGGACGACCAAAGAUCCUGUCGCUCAUCUUACGCACGCGCUUCACGCGGAUCUGUUCAUGGCCACGGUGCGGCGGACUGAUCAUGAGCAGCUCAAACUCUACGACGUCCGUUGCGAUGCUGGCGGUUCGCCGCGAACGAUCGCAAAGCCGGUGAUCGUCGCCGGUUGGCAAGCGACUCGAACUCCGGCCUACCUGGGUCGCCCUGCCUUUCACGCUAAACAGCGGAAUCUCGUUGCACAAGGCACUGAAGAGGGGCAUGUCCGUGUCUUCGACCUGCGCAAGACAGGACAGCCUCUUUUUGAAGAGCGCAUCAGCCAAUCCCCGGUAUAUGACGUGGUGUGGUCACCUCCCAGGGAGCCCACUCUGAGUCUCUACGCCCUCGAUACGAGCACUGCGAAACCUCUGUGUCACCGACUCGAAUUGACGACGUCAUAGGCCUCACUCGACAUUCACGGCAUUCUCACUUGUUGAAGUCAUGCUAUCUCCUCGGCACUCUCACGUCAUCUGUAUUGUAAUUCCCAUCACGAAAUGAUCACCAUUUUCUACGUCUCUCUGGCUAAAGCUGGCAACACAAGUCGUGAGUGCUGUUGACCAGCUUAGUGCGGCGCAUCU